CCACUCCUCCACCCCUCUGUCAUCCUUUCUCCCUUCGCUCUCCCUCCUCCUCCCCUCAUUCUCAGUCAUCUCUCGCAAGUCGUAAAAAUGAUUUGCAUGCAGGAGGAGAGCAGAACUUUGCAGUGAGCACAGUAAGUGAAUCGAGGGGAGAGAAAGGAAAAAGGCUGGAAAGGGGGACGCGUUGUUCGGGAGAGGAGGACGAAAAGUUUAAAAAGAGAAGACUGCAGCUGAAAAUGAUUGUGGAGGAGAUGUGGUGAGCCGUUCCCGUCCAGCUGAACUUCACUCGGUCCCAGUGGAAGCAGAGGUCUGGACCAAAGAGCUGCCUCAACCCCAAACCAUUUCAGAUGGAGCUGGAUGCAGACGAUAAGCGCCAUCGAACACGCUCCAAAGUGCCUGUGGAUCCGGCGUUAACAGAGCUUUUCAGUGUGUAUGGCUGCCCCCUGGCCAAGAAGAGAAAGAGUCUAGACAGACAGACCCUGGAAACAUCCCCCAAGAGGAGCACCUACCUAGAUGACAUGGACAACUCCACGAUGGAGGAAUGCUACGAGACAGACGGGACCGAGGAGAUGGACGACAGGGAGGAAGAGGAGGAGGAGGGAGCCGUAGAGGUGGAGGAGGGGGAAGUGGAGGAGGAGGAAGAGGAGGAGGAGGAGGAGGAAGAAGAGGAGGUAGAGGUGGAGCAAGAAGAGGAGGAGGAGGGCGAUGAGGAACGGGUGGAGGAGGCCGAGGAGGAAGAGGAGGAGGAGGAGGAGGAAGCAGUAGAGGAAGUGGACUAUGAAGGGGGAGAGUCGGAAGAAGGAGAGCAGAGUCAAGGGCAAGAGGACGAUCAGAUGAGCAGCAGCGAGGGGGGCGAGGGCGACAGCAGAGGUGGCGGUGGCGGUGGUGCUGGCAAUGCAAAAUCUGGCCAGACGACGGAGAAGGACAACAACAACAAUGAAGAGUACGAAAACUACGACGAGCUUGUGGCAAAGUCCCUCCUGAACCUGGGCAAGAUUGCAGAAGACGCUGCCAACCGGGCCUUGACUGAGUCUGAGCUGAACAGCAACUCUUCCAACAGUGGAGAGGAAGAGGAAGAGGAUGAGGAAGAGGAAGAAGAGGAAGGGGACGAUGAUGAUGAAGAAGAGGAGGAAGAGGAGGAAGAAGAGGGGGAGGGGGGUGAAACGCAGAGGGGAGCUCUAACCUUGGACGUUGACAGUGAUGUGGUUCGGGAGACAGUGGACUCCCUAAAACUGCUGGCACAAGGUCACGGUGCGGUGUUGUCUGACAAUUUAGAUGGACAGGAGUUUGAGGAUGGCGCUUUGAAUGGGACUGACCGUACCCAUAAUGGGGGAAAUGCACACAAUGGUGGACACCUUAAGACCUCCAGCAAUGGACAAAUUGAAAACAGCGAUGAGGAAGUGUGUUUAAGCAGUUUGGAGUGCCUACGAAAUCAAUGCUUUGACCUAGCUCGGAAACUAAGCGAAACAAAGUCCACCGACCGAAACGGACCUUCCCAGCAAAACCAUUUCUUGUGCGGGGAUCCCAAUCAGCAGCUCCAGCACCACGGCUAUGGGGAUUUCCACCAUGGCCAAGACGACAGGCGGAACUAUUCCGACAUGGACAAUCUCUUGAAGUUGGAGGAGCAGCUGAGCCCGCGCUCCAAAGCUUUCGCCAGUUGCGCACAGGACGACCGGUAUCACACCAGCCACCGGGACUUCGAUGAGGACACCGCCUCAGUCACGUCGGACCGAUCUGAAGAGGUGUUUGACAUGACAAAGGGCAACCUGUCGCUACUGGAGAAGGCCAUUGCACUAGAGUCCGAACGCGCCAAGGCAAUGCGAGAUAAAAUGGCGGCUGAGGCUGCUAGGAGAGAUGGGGUGAGGUAUAACCACGACGAUCAUGGCCCACGGCAUGGCUAUGGUGUUGAGCGUAAAGCCCGCCUUCAUGAUGGCAUGAAGAAGCCUUUUUAUCACAAAGAUGCUUCUCGUGCGGACAAGAAGGAAAGCCGCUGUCCGACGCCGGGCUGUGACGGCACCGGCCACGUGACUGGCUUGUACCCGCAUCAUCGGAGUCUAUCUGGCUGUCCGCACAAAGACAGGGUGCCGCCAGAAAUUGUGGCAAUGUAUGAGAAUGUUCUUAAGUGUCCUACGCCUGGCUGCACGGGACGCGGCCAUGUCAAUAGCAACAGAAACUCCCACCGAAGUCUGUCCGGAUGUCCCAUCGCUGCAGCCGAGAAGCUGGCCAAAGCCCAGGAGAAGCACCAGAGCUGUGACGGCCCCAAAUCCAACCAGUCCUCCGACCGAGUCUUAAGGCCUAUGUGCUUUGUCAAACAACUGGACUAUCCACAGUAUGGUUACAAGAACAAUGUCUCCACCAGUACGCCCCGCUCCAACCUGGCCAAGGAGCUGGAGAAGUACUCCAAGACCAGCUUCGACUACAGCGCCUUCGACGGCAGCAGCAACCACCAGGUGUACGGGAAGCGGGCCAUCGCGCCCAAGGUGCACGGACAGAGGGACAGCUCGCCGAAAGGAUACGACGCCAAACGCUACUGCAAAAACUCCAGUUCGGCCAGCAGCACCACCAGCACCUAUGCUCCCAGCAGCAGCAGCAGCAGCCUGAGCUGCGGCGGGGGCAGCAGCGCCAGCAGCACUUGCAGCAAGAGCAGCUUUGACUACAGCCACGACAUGGAGGCCGCCCACAUGGCGGCCACGGCCAUCCUCAACCUGUCCACACGCUGCAGGGAGAUGCCUCACAGCAUGGGGGGGAAGCCGCAGGACCUGUGCUCGCAGCGGAAUCCCAGUGUAGACGUUGACGAGAACGGCACGUUGGACCUGAGUAUGAGCAAGCGUCUGUGCGGCCGUGCUGGUGGAGGUGGAGCCGGAGGAGACUCUGUGCUCACCCCUCUAGAGCCGAUGUCCCCCCAGAGGCAAGCGGCCCUGCUGGGCUCCCGCUGCUACGGCAUGGGGGAUGCCGCUGACUGCUGGGACCUGCCAGUAGACUACACCAAGAUCGAACACAUAGAUGAGGACGAGAAAGAGGACGACCUGGACCCAUUCCAGGACCUGCUGGACGACCGCUCCUACACCACCGACGUGAACAUGCCCAGCCCCAAGCCCAAGUACAUCCAGUGCAAGGAGAGCAAGAAGGACCUGAUAACUCUCUCAGGUUGCCCUUUAGCUGAUAAAAGCAUUCGAAGUAUGCUGGCCAACAACGCGCAAGAGCUCAAGUGCCCGACACCAGGGUGCGAUGGUUCGGGACAUAUCACUGGCAACUACGCCUCACACAGAAGUCUCUCAGGGUGUCCGCGGGCCAGGAAAAGUGGGAUAAAGAUCAUACACAGUAAAGAGAACAAGGAGGACCAGGAGCCUAUCAGGUGUCCAGUCCCAGGUUGUGAUGGUCAGGGACAUGUGACCGGGAAGUACGCGUCCCACAGAAGUGCGUCCGGAUGCCCCAUAGCAGCCAAGAGACAAAAGGACGGUUAUCUAAAUGGCAUCCAGUUCACGUGGAAGUCUGGCAAGACGGAGGGCAUGUCCUGCCCCACGCCGGGCUGCGACGGCUCGGGUCACGUCAGCGGCAGCUUCCUGACGCAUCGGAGUCUGUCGGGUUGUCCGCGUGCCACCUCAGCCAUGAGGAAAGCCAGGCUCUCCGGAGUGGAACUGCUCACAAUAAAGCAGCAACACGCCAGCAACGGGCUGGAGCACGAGGAGGAGAUCAAACAGCUGGACGAGGAAAUCAAAGACUUAAGUGAAUCCAAUACCCAGGUGGAGGCGGACAUGAUCAAACUGAGAACGCAGAUCACGACAAUGGAGUCCAACCUGAAGUCCGUAGAGGAGGAAAACAAGAAACCACUGGCACACAAAGAGCCUCCACUACGGAAUAACAGCUGCUUACAGAUGCACCAGCAAGAGCAAAUCAGCGAUCAGAACUUUGAUGCCUAUGUGACCACUCUAACGGAUAUGUACACAAAUCAAGAGCCGUACCAGAGCCAGGAAAACAAAACCCUGUUGGAAAACAUCAAGCAAGCCGUGCAAGGGAUCCAAGUGUAACCACUUCUUUGAGUGAAGGGACAUUUUUUGUUUGUUUCCCCCCGGCAGGUCUGGACGGUGCAUCAAAUCCACACACAAACAGGCAGUGGCGGUUUCAGCUCCUCGGUGCGGUGCAGUGACUUAUAUAGUGUUAUAUAUUCUGAAUUCUCUCAAAAAAGAGGUGUUAUGCUAAGGAAGACCUCAAGAUCAUUACUUCUCCGUCUUUCUUUUCCUUUUUGGGUCUUGCUUUGAGGAAGAACAUAAAAAGAGACAAACCGCGGAACAGUUUUUGAGGACAUUCACAUUUUGUACGUUUUCAUAUGAGCUGACAUAGUGUCAUGUAAUGUUUCUAGCUGCUCAUGUAUGCACAUUUUAAGUGUAUAUUUCUGAACAGUACAAGCUUAUGAUUACGGAACGAGAGUUCUUUUUAUCGUUUGACGACAAAAGCAUUUUAGAUGAA